ACCGUAACUUCGCGAUGACCGAUACCGCGAUUGCAGCAACUGCGAACCACGGUCACACGGUCCGCCUCUGUCUGGUUCGUGUUCGGCAGUAGCAGUAGUGCAGCGGCAGCAGUAACACCAAUUUCCCAGAGAGAAAUUUCACACACGUUCAACUCGUAUUAUACGCGUGUACAUAGUCUCUCAACACGUACCACCAGAAACAGUAGAGUGUGUACAUUGCGUAAGUUUUAUUUUUUUUUUUUAAACCAUAAUAGUAUUAUUCGACAAUCACUAUAUAUACAGGAUAAUAAUUACAACGAAGUCUUAAAACUUAUCCUUAACCUAUAUUUUAUUUUGAUAUUUCUCCCUCACUCACGACAUAUGCGCACAUUUGACUAUUUGAAUUUGCACUUUAAAUCAUAUAAUAUUUAUUCUACUAUAUUAUUCGAACAUGCACGCCGAAGAAAUAUUUUUGGAAUAAUAACGCACAUUUUAUUGUACUACUGUACUGAAAAUGAACGUACCUACUUUUCCUUUCCAGUAUUUUUACGUUCAUAUACACAGUAUAGUAAAUUUAAUUAUAUUCGUAUUUAUUUAUAGACUUCCAGUAACAAACGUCAACUUUUAAACUACAGCCACCAAAAUGACUAACUGCUUUAAGACGAUGAUUGCCGUAGCUAUGGUCGUAGGUGUCACCCUCUCAGUCCCCGUUCCAGACGACAAGCCUGAACUGAGUAACGUGAGUAUUAACCGUCGCUUAGCUAAUAACCUCUCUACCAAAGACGUACUUAUAUUUUUGAGACUUGGGCUGUUCAUUUAGCGUCUUUUUAUAAUAAAACGUUUUUUAUAACACAGGAAUGAUUCGAAUUGUACACUUUAAAAUUCGUAUAUCACACAUUGUCCUCUAAAAUACACUGUUUUAAGCUCUGCUGAGCCUAAAACAGUAUUUAUUCCAGAAUGGGAACUAUGUGGUUCGUCAAAAAAAAUGUGUCCUAGAAUAAUGGGGAUGGGUGCAGCCACUGAUAUUGGUGAUAUAGAGGGGAAAUUAAUUAAUUUGGAUCUGUAAGCAACGAUUAACCAUUGCUAACAAAAAAACGAUUCUGAGCGGAGUUCGGUUGAUAAUGUUGCUUUGUUUAAAAUAUAUAUAUAUAUAUCACAGUAUAGUAAAAUAAUUAUAUAGACAUUGCAUAUUUUUUUUAAUAAUAUUUGUUUAACAUAUUUCCAUUUUCCUGUUUUUGUUUAGUUUUUCCCAUGUUGAAAACUCCUGGGAAAAUCAAAAAAUUACAUCCCUAAAGUACUUACCACCCCAGAAAAUAUGUUAUCAUUGUAAAUUAGCGCAAAAUUGAUGGUAGAAAGUUGUCUAUAGAAAAAAAAACAUUGAAAACCGUUCCACUCAGAAUCUAAAAAAAAAAAUACUAUUAAAUCUUAACAGGUCGAUCUUAAUAGAUUAAUAGAUUAUAAUGUUUUUUUUAAAAUGUGACGUCCUGUCCCUCUAAAUACGUCUCUACUCUAUAAUGUCUAUUAUAUUGUAUAGAUAUAUUCAAUUUCUAUACCGGAAAGUACACUCAUUAACGAUCCUUGUAGCCGACCUGGGCUUUCCUACGAGAUUAAUCAUCUCGCUUCUCAUGUCAAUUAUCCUCGUUAUCCGCCUCCAUAUACGACAAGUUUACAAUAAGUCCGACCCGAAUAAAAAUUGGAACAUAAAUACGACGGCGGCGGUGACCUCAGUUGUAUAGUACUUCCGUCACACAAUACACUCGUUAAACCGUUCAUAAGUCAUGACCAAAUACAGUUUGUAUAACUCGUCUAAUCCACUCGAAUGCGUUUUCAACUGUUUAUCGUAGCGACGCGAGUGUAUUUUUAUAGUUUUUCUGUGUUGUCAAAACUUCCCUCAGACUUGUCGAAACGACUCAAGGAAUUUUAUUUUUCUUUACUGGUAUAUCAAGCCCCCCCUCCCAAGUGUUGUAAAUUUAUUGUAUUACAAUAUAAUCGCUUGUACAAUUAGUCAUCUAACGUCUGCGUAUCGUACAAGUUACCUAUCAUCAUGGUAAACUUUGUACAGUAUUUCGAAGACAAAUAAUUGGAUUUAUUUUUUAUUGCAUUUUUCGGUUCGCUUAACACCGUCUUCGCAAUGAUCCUACGCCUGCGACAAUUUUCUUUAAAUCAUCCGUUUUCAAGCGAAACGAACGCAUAAAACGCGAAUGGGUUUUAUUACAAUAUUGAUACAAUAUGUAUUUCACAAUAUCCUUAAUAUCGUUUCAGUUACAUACCGGAUGAUUCAUUUAUUACGAACUAAAGAUUUUAAAUGAAUUUGAUUUCUGUUAUAUAUAUAAAUAAUAUAUUUAUAUUUUUUUUAAUAUUGUUAAGCAUUUUUUUAAACUUUAUUUUAACAUUAUUUUCAAUUUGUUUUCCCUACUCUUAAAACCUUAAAAUUAGUUUACACUUUUGAUUUUCAAAUAGGAACCCUCCAUUAAAACAAAGAUUUGAAAAGGGAAAUAUUUUCUAAAAAGUUUGAUGUGCAUAACAUUUUAAUACCCUUAUCUAUUUACCAUUUAAGAAAUUUAACAGUUUAAUAUUUAGACCAGAGAAGUAGAGAAGGAUAAUAAAUCCGGUAUAGUAUUAUGCAAAUGUUAUUGAAAUGUAUAGACGAAUAUCUUCUAAUUUUUUAAUUUAAAAAUGAAGGUGGGUACCUAUUUAAAAACCAAAAGUGUAUGUAUACUUUUUAAGUUAUAAGUAGAAAGAGUAAAACAUUGAAAAUUAUUUUAAAAUAAAACUUAAAUGAUGUAAAAAUACAGAAAUCACAUAAAAUUCUCUAAAGCUUCGUAAUAUCACUCUGUAUAUAAAUAUAUAUGUAAUAUUAAAUAUUGCAACCGACGCGCGUUUGUUACGAUACUCAAUGCGGGCAGUGAAAACAUAUGCUUGUCCAACGAAGCACGAGCGAGUGGUCGCAUUGAAUUAUUAUGAAAAAAUCGCCAAAACACGUGUAAUAUGCGAUCUCCUAAAAAAAAAAAAAAAUUAUAAUAAAUAAUAACAAUAGGAACUAUCGCCAUUGUUGCCACGAAUACAAUAUACAAUUACAAUGUGCAUACUGAGUGUUAAGUUUCCCCGGAAUAUAUGUAUUAUCUUGCGAAAAAUACUGGCUUUUUUCGGAAUUUUCUGUUCGGAUAAUAAUUUCAGAUUCUACAACAUAUUUUAAAUUGUACUAUAUUAAAAAUUCCAUGACUCGAUAGGGUUUUAAUUAAAAUUAAAACUAUUUGUAUGUUGAAAUUUGUAAUUUCCAUCGACAUAAUCAGCAAUGGAAGGGUAAAGGGAAAAAACCAGAUAAGUGACUUUUUUUUCAAAAUGGUGAUAUUGGUAUCAAAUAAUUAAUUUGUAUAGACGUUUCGUAUUUUUUAUGCGAUAAUAUGCAUAAUAUACAAUACACAUAAAUGCAUAAUAUUUUUGAAUCUGAAGUGUAAAGCAUGUAUUUAAAAAUGACGUAUUAGGAUAUUAGGGACGGGUGUUACCGCUGUUAUAGGUAAUUUAAUGUAUACCUGUAUGCAACAAUGAACUAUUGCUUACAAAAAAACGAUUCUGAUUGGAGUUCAGUCGAUAGUAAUGCUUUUUCAACAAUAUAUGUGUCAUAUUAUAGUAAAAUAAUUAAAAUAACCUUUAUAUAUUUUCUUUAAUGAUAUUUGUUUAAUGUUGUACCGAUUUUACCAGUUUUCCUAAGUUUUUCCCGGUUUUUCAAAUUUUUCUGGAAAACUCUAGGGCAAAAAGAAAAAUGACCUCCCUUAGGAACCUUACCACUCAAAUUUCCUUUUAGAAACAUUAUAAAUUGGAGCAAAAUUGUUAGUAGAAAAGUUAUGCACAGAAAAAAAUAUCUUAAUAUAUUUUAUUAAUACCUACAUUUCUUAUAUUUUCCGUUUUUCCACCGUUUUUUUUUUCAAUUUUUAAAUUUUAUGAGAAAACUCCUGAGAAAAUUGAAAAAUUACCUUUACCUUUACCGUCUGUAUCCUUACAGACACGUAAUAUGUACGUAAUAAUGGGUACCAUAUUUAUAGUAUCUUACAGGUAUACAUUAAAUUACUUAUAACAGUUGCUGCACGCAUCCCCAUUAUCCUAGAACAGCUUUUUUAAUAUAUAUUGAAAAACUUUGUGUGGACCAAUAAUUAGAUUUGGCUAUAUAAUUUUUACUAAAACAAUUGUCGUUAAAAUUUAAUGUUAAAAUUCUUAAAAAAAAUAUACUACUUUAAAUUUAACUUUGUUUGUUUGUUUUUACCACAAAGUAUAAAUUAUAAUUAACAUCCUGUUAAAUUUACAUGCAUUUCUGUUUAAUCUAGGAAAGACAAAUAUAAGUUUUCUGUCCAAAUUUUAAGUCACUAGGAAUAUUUUUAACUGAAUUAUAAAAAAAUUAUUUUCAAAAAUGUUCUCGUUUUUCUGACAUUUUAUCCAGGUUUUUCCUAAUAACUAUAAAAACCGCUUAGAAAACUUGUUUUACAUGGUCAUAUAUAUUUUAAAAGGCUGUAAUAUUUACGAUUAAAAAAUAAUACAUUUCGUAAUUUUCUCGUUUUUCCCAUUUAUUGUGAAAAUCCUUGGGAAAAUCAAAAAAAUUAUUAUUAUGUUUUAAAUAUUUCUUUAUUGGUUUGGUGUUAUAUUAUGAUUUAUUAAACCAAAAUACUGAUUAAUAUAAUAUUAGUGUUGGAUGUACUUUAAACCUAAACAAUUUACUCUAAUCAAAAUAGCCUUAUUUCGUAAUCAACAAAUAUCUAUGAUAUCAAGAAUUAUAACAGAUUGUAUUAUUUGUUUAGACUAAUAUUAACCGUAGUAAAUGUUUUUUUAAACAUUAAAUAUUUGUUGUCAUUAAAUUUUCAAAAAUCUGCGAACACUUCAGUUUAGUGUCUUAAGUCUGGUGUCUGCUCGUAGUACUACUCUCAUGCCCGGUUACAUAAAACUUGUUGUUAUCUAUUGAUAAAUCUAGUAUUAAAAAUGUAUAAAAUGAUAAACUAACGGUUGAUAAAUUAAAGUUUUAUCAUGUGUUAAAUUUUCAAGUGUUGCUUAAUCAUUUUUUUUUUAUAUUCAGGUUAUUUCCAAAAUACUAGCUAUCAAAUAAAUAGUUCCACUGUGAUCUUUGUUUAUCAAUUUAAUUAAUUAAUAAGUUAACAAUGAAUAGCAGCUCAAGAAAAAUCGAGGAAAAAACUUUAGUGAAGAUGGAAAGAAACUUUUAAUGAACUUAAUUGGUUAAUUCAGAAAUAUGAACUAAUAUAAUAUUUGCAACUAGGCAUUAAUAUUAGUAAUUCAAAUUAUCUAAUUCGAUUAUCACCACAAUAACGCAAAGUAUUGUUAACGAAAUUUAAUUAUACAUAAAUGUUUACACGGUAAUAAGUAGGCCUGUAAUUUAAAUCUUCAUAAAGUACAUAUAAACAGACAUAAUUUAAACAUGGUUUAUGUAACAGUAUAUAGUUUAACCACAGAUAAACGAGUUUAUCUCUGUGUAAAUAGUUGGUACAACCCGGUACCAAAGUUUUAAAUUUUUUUUUUUUAUUAAUAUAAAAUAUUGCAAAAAUAUAUAAGUUCUGUGUAAUUUUAGAAUUCCAAACACGACUAAAAUAUACGAGUAUGUAUCGCGAUGAUGUACUUAUAAUACUAUUAUUAUUUUAUUAUACGUAGGUACUUAUACAUAUUAAGUACAACGAUUAUUUCUUCACAGUGGUGCGUAUCGUAUAUAUUACAUAUUGUUAUAGAGUAAUUAAUAAUUAUAGUACAUCGCGAAUUAUUGUUGUUGUCUGUCAUCGUAGUCUUAAAGUGUACGAUUUCCCAUUUACAUACCGUUGUGUACUCGGAACACCACCUAUACUAUAAUAUCUAUAUAUACACUAUACUAUACUAUACUAUAUAAUAUACUGUAUAAUAUAAUAUUAUUACGAAAUCGUGUUUCUACACGAAUAUUUCUGGCGCAAUAAUUUAACGACGAUCACCCGUCUUUAUAAUUAAUUAUACUGUCAUAAUCACCGCUGCAGUUGUGAAAUAGUCGAUCGGUGUUCGUCCGCAGCCCAAGUUCUAAAGUGACCUGCGACUUAUCUGUUGAUCGGAUUUUACGCAUCACGCGCGCAAUAACAACAACAACAACAAUAAUAAUAAUAAUAAUAUAAUAAUGGACGGAAUCAACCGGGAUAGCUUACAAUGUCAAUCUGUUAAAAUAAUAUUAUUCUCGUCUCUCGGCAACGACAACGGCGCGGCGCGACUGUUAAAGUCUCCAUCUAGCCGUCAAACAGUUUUCAUUAUUUUUAUUAUAUUAUAUUACAAAAUUAUUCAAUAUUGUUUUCUUCUCCGCUUUCGGCCCUCUUUUUCACCCUGUAUCACUCGUAAUUUUAUAACAUCAUCUCCUUUACGAUCACAUUAAUUUGCAAAAUCAUUUCUACUGUAGUUUCUAAUUCAUCUCGUCUAGUCACAAUAAUGUCCAAACAUAAUAAGAAUUAAUCAUACGGUUGAUAUAUAGGAAAUCAUUCAGUCUGGAGGAUUUUCUACCAAAAACGACGACUCUGUGUCAGCGUCAUGGGGAGGUUUCCAAGCUUCUGCCUCUUUGGCCGAUGACGGUAGCGUUGCCGCUUCCGCUGGCGGAAACGGCGUAGGCGCCGGUGCCGGAUACGGCACAGGAGGUGCCACAGCCGGAGCCGCUAUCGGAGUUCCGAGUGACUCUGGAUCGUCCGGCACUAAACCUAACAACUAUGCACGGCCCGGUACAAACCAGCACGGAGGCGCCGGAAACGGUUUCUUCGAUAGGAUUUUUGCCGUAAGUAUAUAUAUAUAUAUAUAUUUUUUUUUUCAGGGUUUAUUAUCGGCCUCUAGGACCAUCCCAUCAUCCAGCCUUCCUUUCAUCCCGAUCAGUUGCUCACCUCUUCCAAUCUGUUCCUCCUCUUAGCUCAUCUACAUCCUUCACUAUAUCUAUAUAAAUAAAUAAAGUCGGGUUAGUCACACCAUUUAUAACUGAAGAACGGCUGGACCGAUUUUGAUGAUCUCUGAUUUGUUAGAUUCGUCUCCGCCCCGAAUAGCAGAAUAACUAUUAAAAUAUUGGAAAGAUUCACGAAAAAAAAAACAAAUAUAGGGAUUUUUAAUUAUAUUUGGUCCGAUUAUCUAAUUGCCUAUUUAUUUAUUUUUGAUUAUUCAAGGGUUUCCACAGAGAAUAAAACUAUUAUUAUUAUUAUUACAAUUAUUUACACUAUUGAAAUUUCACAUUUAGUCCGCCGAAAGUGGACUACCCACUUUUCAUCUAUUUGUUUUCAUUCAAUUCUGACAUCACGGCCAAAACCAAAAAUGAAUAUAGAUAAAAUAAUAAUAAUACAAAUUGGCACAAACAACGUCAGGUGCGGGACAGCUGGUAUCUGGUAUAUAAUAAACGCAACUUGAUUUAUCCAUGUAUAUUAUUGUAACGCACAGACAUUUAAACACAUUUUACAAAAUAUCUAUAACACAUUUGUUUUAAUAAUAUGCGUUUAGAUUCCAAUCAAUGUAUUGCAGUCCGUCAACACAUAUUUGAACCAGAAACAGGUCGCGGGCCAACAAGGUAUGCACAUUGUACAUUGCACUAUAAUGAAUGUGAUAAUGCACAUCAUAUUACACAAUAUUAUCAUAUUAGUAUAGUUGUUAUAAUUUAUUUGUACUAUUCUUACCAGGAGGACCCGCUCACCAAAACGGUAACGGCGGUGGUUCAGCUUCCACCUCGUCGUCCGCUUCCAGCAGCGCCUCAUACGGAGGUUCAGGAAAAGACGCUACCGUUGGCGCCGACUACGGGCACACCGCUUCCGCUGGCCAAUCCGGAUCACCGAAUCCGAUGAUGGUACACACCAAACCAAAUUAUGAUCAAAUAUUCAACGUACGUGUUGUGUGUGCCGGGUGGUGUUGUAGUUGUAGUUAACACACACACACGCACCUAACUUUGUCUAAUCUUUAUAAUCUUAUCUAAUCGAAUUGUUAAUAAUACCUAAUAACUCUACGAGGCAGAAUUAUGGAUCAGUGGUCGGUAACCAGAGGAAAAUUCUAGUUAAAAAUUUAAUUUUCCCAGUCACGAUUGUAUAAAGCAUAGUCCUUUAUAGAACUGCAUUACAACUAUUAAAUAGGUAUGUAUAUUAUUAGAGCAGAAAAUUUAGGUGUAGGUGGUAAAUAUGAUAAAAUAUGCGCACAAAAAAAAAAUUGAAGAUAUGCAAAACAAUACAUCAAAUAUAUCAAUCAUUUACGAAAGUCUAUUUCUUAUUAACGCAGAUACACUAAAAUGAAUAUCUUUUAGUGAGUCAUUUUAAAAAAACGAUUGGAAAUGAAUCGUCACAAAACAUGGAUUUGUUUUUUAUAUGACAAAAAAUAUGAAUUGUUUUUUUUUCUGCAGUUACCUAGAAGUUUUAUUCACCAAUUCACAAAUGGUUGCUGACCACUGGUAUGAAAAUAAUUUAAAAUGGUGAUAGUGAUAUUAUUAAUUAAAAAACUAUAACUGUUAUCAUCAUUGACAUGGUUGAGGAUUCAUGACUAGCGAAAUCAUACUAAAUAUGAACAAUAGUUCGUAUACAUUUAUUUUAUUUCCUAUACACUAUAAUAGAAACUUAAACUUUUUUUUUUUAAUAAUUUGAGAUGAUUAAAAACUAAUGUCAAGUUUAUAUUUUAACAUACCAGCUAAUUUCUGAGAUAAAAUAUUCAAGAAUUCGAAUUUAAUUUUUUUGAAAAAUGCAAAUUUAAUUGUCAUUCAUGUAAAUGUUUUUCCAUGCGAAUCUUUAGCUCGAUUUCUUUACAUAACCUAAAAUCCAUCGCCAUAAUCAUAAUAAUAAUAAUAAUAAUCUUAUAAUAAUUAUUAUUAUUAUUCAUUACUCAUUAUCAUAAUUUCUAUUGUAGUAUUCGGUAUUAUUAUUUAUUAUCUACAAAACAUAUAGUGUUAUUGUAGACAUAUACAAUUAGAUGGAAUUUUCAGUAUGAUAACGCGUGUACAUGGUUAAAACUCUUCCCGAGGACUAAACUGAGUGGUUUAACAAUUGGCUCCACCAGCUUUGAGCCUUUCAACACAGUCCUCCCAUCUAAACUGAUGUUUUCCCAUUUAGUCCUUCGUCAAAUAGGCCUUGCUCAAUCACAUUUUUAUCAUCAAACUAAAUUCCGGCAGGCGGUCUCCUUUUUCCAAUCUUCUUUAGUAUAUCCAUUAUCCACUCAUAGAAAUUAUACACCGCAGUCAAAUAAUAUCAUCAGUUUAUCUCUCUCGAUCUGUUUGACACGACCAUGUCUUUUACUCUUUGGAAGGUCUAAUAUUCCGUCAAUAUGUAUAUUAUUCUUUUUAGGGUAUAUCAGCCAUUAAGACCAUCCGUCACACAAACAAUUCUCCAAUCUUUCCUAUCAGCCAUUUGUGUUUUCCAAUCUGAUUGAUCUUCUAUUUAGUGUUUCUACCUCUUUUUAAAUUACAUCUUCCCACCUCGAGCAAAGUCUUCCCGGUGGUCUUUUACAAACUGGAUUCUCAUCCAUGAUUAUACGUAGAAGUUUGUUCUGGUAUCGCUAUGCACAACUAGUCUACUGUAAUCUUCGGCUCCUGAAAAAUUUUUAAUACAUUAUCUUUCCAAAAACUAUGUAUAUUUGUCUAUGAAUAAUAUUAUGUUUUAUGUAGAAAAUUAAUGUUAUAUGGUUAGGAACAUUUUUCGUUCGGUUGCUCUAUAAUAUUAUUAUCAUUUAACUAAAAUGUUUUUCGUGUUUUUUUCUCUUUUAGAUUCCUAUCACCGCUCUGAGAUCCGUCCAGAAUCUUUUGAACGGUUAACAGGUCGCGGUUAAAGGACGGCGAUGGUGGCGGAAAGGAUGAAAGGCAAGAUAGAACAAAACAAUAUAAAUUAAGCUGAUUAAACGUUGACGUGGUGCUCGACGACGCAUCCACAUACAUAAAGUUGUCAUAAUAUUUAUUAUAUUAUUAUAUCGAAGUUUACUCACCCAUCAGUAAAUUCAGAAAAUACUACGUGUCAGUGCGUGCAUCUUACUAUUUUUAUUAUCAUCUAAGACCUAAGUAAAUAAUAUUAUUGUAUACGCAGUGAAAUUAUUAUUUUUUUAAAUUUAUUAAAAUGCAAAUACUUAAUAUUAUAUAUACACAUCAUGGUAGUAGUAUAAUGAAUUAUAAAUGAUAACGGUUAUGAAGUAUAUUAUAGUUCAAAUUGUACAACAUUCUAUUAUUAUCUACGCAAUAUUAUUUGAGAGUUCAAUCUGUAUUAUAGUACUGAUCCGCGCGCACUUGUUUAUAAAUUAUAUUUUACUCGUCGAUAACAAUAUUAUUAUCGUCAUAGAAAUAAUAUUAAACAUAUAUAUAUAUUACCUAUUGUGUUUUUUUCUAUGUUAUUAUAUUUAUUUCUGAACUAUCAAUGUAC